CCUCCUAAGCACAAUCCCCCACCGCCGUCCUCAAGCAUCAAGCCCGGUUGAACACCGCCGCCCGCCGCUGGCGACCUCCACCUGUUUGCUUCCAACUGAUAGAGGACAACAAUCCCCCAACCUUGCAGGCAGGCUCUCUGUUCACCUUCCUCCGUGCCGGUCGUCGGUUCAGAUGAACACGGAUCCAGGUAUCCUUGGGCAUGCGAGUAUUGGUUUAGGGUUUUUGUAGAAAAUUUUUGGGGGCAUGUCUGCAGCUGGCAUUGGCUUCUUUUGGGUGAUUGCGUCCCACUUGGUUUGUUAUUUCUACCUUCUUGUUGUGGCUGCUGUUUUCCUCUCUGCAGGUGAGAAGAGGUCGUUUGGCGACCUGGACGACGAUGACGAUGACGUCUUUGCUUCCAAGAAGGCAAAGACAAAGGUUGAGGAAAGUGCUCCAGGAGCUGCGACGGGAAUGAUUCUGUCUCUUCGUGAAAGUUUGCAGGACUGUAAACAUAGCCUUGCAUCCUGCCAGGUGGAACUGGAAGCUGCUAAAUCAGAAAUCGAGAAGUGGCAUUCAGCAUUUCAGAAAAUUCCAGCUGUACCUUCUGGAGCUAAUCCAGAUCCUGUUUCAGUGGUUUCAUACCUCAGUAACCUGAAGUCAUCGGAGGAGUCAUUGAGGGAGCAGCUGGAGAAAGCAAAGAAAAGGGAGGCAGCUUUUAUCGUAACAUUUGCUAAACGAGAGCAGGAGAUUGCAGAACUGAAGUCCGCGGUUAGAGAUUUAAAAACUCAAUUAAGGCCACCAUCAAUGCAGACAAGGAGAUUAUUGCUUGAUCCAGCAAUUCAUGAAGAAUUUACACACUUAAAGAAUCUUGUGGAGGAGAAAGAGAAAAAAAUCAAGGAGCUUCAGGACAAUGUUGCUGCUGUCAAUUUUACUCCAUCAAGCAAACUUGGAAAAAUGCUAAUGGCUAAAUGUAGAACUUUGCAAGAAGAAAAUGAAGAGAUUGGGGCCAUGGCAUCAGAAGGAAAAAUCCAUGAGCUUGGAAUGAAAAUUGCGGUUCUGAAGUCUCAGAACAAUGAGCUCAGGAAUCAAUUUGAUGUUUUGUAUAAACACAUGGAUGGUGUAACAAAUGACGUAGAGAGAUCAAAUGAAAUGGUGUCCAUUCUGCAAGAGGAGUUGGGAGCCAAGGAUCUAGAGCUUGCAAGAUUGAAGGAGGUGCUUUCCCAGAAAGAAGCUAGUCACGAUGAAGCGGUUGAGGAGAGAGACGAAGCUGCAAAUGAUAUGAAUACAGCUUCAGAUCCAAUGCAUGUGAAAGUGGAAAGUUGAGGCGGUUUCCGGUUUGGCUGGCAACUAGGUGCAGUGGGUUGUCCUGAGAAAUCUAUAUGUAUACUAUGCAGACUUCAAGUGACUAUUUCCUGGGAUGCUGAUGUACCAAAAGUACUGUACCAAAAGUACUGGUAUAUCACGCAGUGUAUGCAACAGACCCUGCUUAUUUCUGAGCCUUGGUGGCUAGUGCUUGUUUAAUUUUGAUGGGCACUGUUGCUGAAGCUUAACUAGAACUGUUGCAUAACUUGUGAUUCUUAUGGUCCUGCAAAAUGCUGUGCUCUCA